AUGAGCGUCUCAAGCACCGAUGCCGCUGACCAGAGCGAUGGCCUUCGCGAAAGGCUUACAAGAGAGCCAGAGAUUUCUCGGCAGGCCGUCUCCGCAGAAGCAGCAAGCAAAAAGGUCAUGGAAUUGAACAGUGCGGAGGAAGAAGCGGACAAGGGAGGCAGGGAGAAGAGGACAUAUGGAAGGACGCCGGACGGGACAGUCUUUACCGUCCCGCAAACCCACGACAUGGUAUCGCAGCUACUGUCUCCUUCGCAGCCCAAAAACCUGUCUGAUAUACUCGUCCUUGCUGUCCUCGCGGUGCACGUUUCGGCUUUGUACUGGUUACCCGAACCGCUCCGGAUACCUGUCUUCGCAGUGGUUUUUCUGUUCUGGAGAGCAUGCUACAACGCAGGUAUAGGGUACUUGCUCUACGUGCAGUCAAACCACAACCGGCUAGUGUCCUGGGCAUCAAAAUCGAAGAUAUUUGAGAAUCCAUCUCUAGGCCAGAAUCCCCAUCCAAAUCUUUACGCUAUCCUGAAGCGGGAAAUGGAAACUAAAAUUCCGAAAGACUACAAGUUCGAGGAAGCUCCACUCGAGUACAACACAUGGCUUUUGUUCAGAAGAGUAGUGGACUUAAUCCUCAUGUGCGAUUUUGUAUCGUACUGUCUGUUUGCAGUAGCCUGCGGCGGCAGGCCUGUAGGUGAAAGCUACGUUACGACUAUUGCACGCUGGGCUGCGGGUAUUGCCUUGGUUCUCUUCAAUCUGUGGGUCAAACUGGAUGCACACCGCGUGGUCAAAGAUUUUGCCUGGUACUGGGGUGAUUUCUUCUAUCUCAUCGAUCAAAACCUUACUUUCGACGGUGUCUUUGAGAUGGCUCCUCAUCCCAUGUACUCAGUCGGGUACGCCGGUUACUACGGCAUCUCCCUAAUGGCAGCAAGUUACAAGGUCCUCUUCAUCUCGAUCGUUGCGCAUGCUGCUCAGUUUGCUUUCUUAUCUCUUGUGGAAAGUCCGCAUAUUGAGAAGACAUACAACCCUCCGCCACCACGCAAGCUCACAGACACCGGUAAGGAUGACCCGCGUCCAGCUUCUCGAGAGUUUCAUGCCGAACGCGACAACGACUCCGCUGUGGUCUCCACGCCGGAACCGUCUCCCGUGCACAACAUCAUAGGCUUCCAGAACAUUGACUUUCAUCGUGUCACGGAUACCUCAGUCCUGCUUUUCCAGCUUUACCUCUUCCUGUUCGCUGCAGUGACACCUCCAACCCCUCUCUACAAAGCGCUUUUCGUUACGAACGCCAUCGUCUGGCGGCUCUGGUACUCCCUCGGCGUAGGCUAUAUUCUCGACCGCCAAGCCAAAAAGAAGAAUUGGACCCGCCACUUCAUCAAGUACGGCGAAAGCACCGAAGAAGCUUGGAGACAAUGGAAGGGUCUCUAUCACCUCAGUAUGACCAUGACCUACGCCAGCUUCAUUUGCGCAGCGUGGAAGAUGUACGCCCUACCACCGGACUGGUCCUACGGCAUGGCAACGCUCAGGCACGUCUUCGGCGCUGCUCUCAUCGCCCUCCAGCUGUGGACGGUCGUCAGCAUCUACGAGUCGCUUGGCGAGUUCGGCUGGUUCUUCGGCGACUUUUUCUUCGAUCAAGCACCGAAGCUAACCUACAGCGGCAUCUACCGCUUCCUCAACAACCCGGAGCGCUUCCUCGGCCUCGCCGGCGUCUGGGGGUUCGCAAUCAUCACCUGGAGCAAAGCAAUAUUCUUCCUCGCCUUCCUCAGCCACAUUCUCACGCUCGCAUUCAUCCAAUUCGUCGAACGACCCCACAUGCAAAAACUCUACGGCGAAAGCAUACGGCAGCAUUCCGGUCUCUCAAAGAGCCUGCAGCGCAGUCUCCCAUCCCCGAUCCGGCAGUGGCAAGGCUCCAUGGACAGAGUCCUCGGCGACACGGUCGACUUCCUCGAAGACCUCAUCGAGUCCGCGCAGCCUAAGCUCGCCGCGGGCGUAGGAACCUUCGUGCGCGACUCGACCGCGCUCUUCAAGUCCUUCCCCGCGCGCGUCAGCAUCACGCGUCUCGCCCCGGACCUCGCGGGCUACGACCCCAAAGACUACUCCAUCUCCGUCUCCGGCACGCCGUCCUCGGCUCUCGCGGAGCAGGACAAGCGCUCCGGCCGCGAGGGCGAGGACGCACGGCUUCCGGCUGAGCGGAGAAGCGCGUUCAAGACGCUCAGCUUCGAGUACGGCGCCCCGAUAAAAGUGCGCUGGACGGCUCCCCUCAACCACAGCAAGAAGGACUGGAUCGGGCUGUACAUGGUUGCGGAUAACGCGUCGCGCGACGUCACGCGCGUGUCGUCGCAAGGGCGGUGGAUCCCGACUACUCCCAACCAGUACGACUCCGUGCGCGCCGACGCCGGCAUCUUGGUCUCCGACACGCGGGUCUCAGCGCAGCAGCGCAGCGACGGCGAAGUCCAGGAUUUCUUGGAGGGCGAGAUGGAGUUCGGCGGCGACAAGCUAUGGUGGACGACCGGCGUCUUCGAGUUCCGCUACCACCACGACGGCAAACACAACGUCAUGGCCAUCUCGCUACCGUUCGAGAUCCGUAUCGGGCGCUUCGACGAAGACGAUGUCGAGGUCGAUGCAAAUGGCUUAAUCCGUGGAGCCGUGGAGCAGGCGCUGUUGCCGGUGGUGCGGAACUGCUUUGAUCGCGAUCCGGAGAUCGCGCCGGGGACGACGGAGGAGCUGUUUGGGAGUCUGGUGGAGAGGGAUGGGAAGUAUGCGAAGAGAGUUGUGUUUGCGGUGCACCAGAUGUUUGGGAUUGAGUUUGCGCCGGAGGUCGUGCAGGCGGAUGGGAGUGUGAAGAAGUUGGCUUGGAGAAUUUGUAAUGCGAAGAAGGUCUUGGCCCCGUACAGCAUGUCGCCGUCGAGAGGCCAUACGACGCCGGAUGCAGCGAAGUACUAG